CGGGGAGUUUAGGCGGCCCACAAGCUCUGUCAAAAUGGAUUCACAACUUCAGCCACCAACUCUCUCCGAGGUGGUUGUUGUUGAUUCCAGUGCUACCGAUCAGUGCGAACAGGAAAAUCGGAUGGACCGAUGGGGUACCCUGGUACUUGCAUACAAGACUCUAGGAGUAGUAUUUGGAGGACUUGUAACUUCCCCAUUGUAUGUGUACCCUUCAAUGCCUUUGAAGUCUCCAACAGAGGAAGACUACUUGGGUAUCUACAGCAUAAUGUUCUGGACUCUUACUCUAAUUGGUGUUGUCAAGUAUGCUAGCAUAGCUCUCAAAGCCGAUGAUCAGGGUGAAGGUGGAACAUUUGCCUUGUAUUCAUUACUCUGUAGGCAUAUGAAUAUUGGAAUCCUUUCUUCAAAUCGUGCAAGUUCAAACUCAAGCCUUGCACACUCUAUGCACGAGGGCACUGGAAAGAAAAGUCAGCUCGGAAAGUUUUUUGAAAGCAGUAUGGUUGCUAGAAGGGUAUUGCUUUUUGUUGCCAUAUUAGGUAUGUGUAUGCUUAUUGGUGAUGGAAUACUUACCCCUGCAAUCUCAGUUUUAUCAGCAAUGGAUGGACUAAGAGCACCUUUUCCUUCUAUUAAUAAAUCUCUGGUGGAGGCACUUUCUGCAGCUGUAUUAGUUGUUCUGUUCCUGUUGCAAAAAUUUGGUACCUCUCGAGUGAGCUUCUUAUUUUCCCCUAUCAUGGGUGCAUGGACCUUGACUACUCCACUCGUUGGAAUUUAUAGCAUUAUACAUAAUUAUCCAAGUAUCUUCAAGGCUUUAUCACCACAUUACAUCUUUCAUUUCUUUUCGAGAAAUGGAAAGGAAGGCUGGCUCUUGCUUGGUGGCACUGUCCUCUGCAUCACAGGUUCCGAAGCAUUGUUUGCAGAUCUUGGUCAUUUCAACCGGACUUCUAUUCAGAUAGCUUUCUUGUUUACGAUCUACCCAUCAUUGGUUCUGACAUAUGCGGGGCAGACAGCCUACCUGAUUAGGAACCCAAACGAUCAUGAUGAUGGGUUCUACAAGUUCAUACCGACUAAAGUCUACUGGCCCAUGUUUAUCAUAGCCACGUCAGCUGCAAUUGUUGCAAGUCAGUCACUUAUAUCAGCCACAUUUUCUGUCAUCAAGCAAUCUGUAGUACUGGGUUAUUUCCCUCGAGUGAAGGUGGUACACACAUCACGUAAUAAAGAAGGCGAGGUUUACUCCCCAGAAGUGAACUACAUCCUCAUGGUUCUUUGUGUUGCUGUCAUACUCAUCUUUGGAGAUGGAAAAGAUAUUGGAAAUGCUUUUGGUGUUGUUGUCAGCCUAGUCAUGCUCAUCACCACUGUGUUGCUGACACUGGUGAUGAUCAUAAUAUGGAGAACUCCGCCUGUGCUUGUUGCUCUCUACUUCUUCGUGUUUUUCACGAUGGAAGGCGUCUAUGUGAGUGCAGUCUGCACUAAAAUCCAGGAAGGUGGAUGGAUUCCUUUCGCCAUAUCAUUUAUCCUGGCUUUAAUUAUGUUUGGCUGGUUUUACGGGAGACAGACAAAAAUAGAAUACGAGUUAACUCACAGGAUAACUUUGGACAGACUUGGAAUGCUUUUAUCAAAUCCUAGUGUACAAAGGGUUCCCGGAUUGUGCUUCUUUUACACCAACAUUCAAGAUGGGCUUACUCCAGUGCUUGGACAUUACAUAAAAAACGUGAAAUCCCUUCAUAACAUCACUAUAUUCACAACUCUUCGGUACUUGUUGGUUCCUAAGGUGAAUCCACUUGAGAGGAUUGUCAUUAGGGAAAUGGUGGGGCUAAAAGGCAUUUACGGGUGUGUGAUUCAGUAUGGCUAUGCAGAUUCCUUGAAUCUUGAAGGAGAUGAUUUUGUUGGUCAAGUUACAGAGAGCUUAAAGGUGCAUAUACAGGACUUCUUAGAUGGUGUACAAUGUGGUACUACAGUGGCCGAGAUCCAAGAAGAGAUUUCUGAUUUGGAAGAAGCAAAGCAUGCUGGUGUGGUUCACAUAAGAGGAAAGACGAGGUUUUAUAUUGGCAAGAGCUGUGGCUGGUUUGACAGAAUCAUGUUAGCAUUUUAUGAAGCCAUGCACAAUAACUGUCGGUCUGCCCUGCCAGCACUUGGGGUACCUCCACCACAGCGUAUUGAGGUUGGAAUGUUGUAUGAGGCUUGAAAGGACGAUUUUGUUCUUGGUGGGUGCCCCCAUCCCCCCAAAGAAGAGAUUUCUUAGUGUUAGGUUGAUGUUUUAUCCAGCUACUUCAAAAAUAUGAUGCGGAUAAAACAAUGUUGCUAACCUGUAUAUUGGCCAGCAGAUAUUUUGUUAAAAAUAUGAUAGGUUUACAAGUGAAAUAUAAUAAAUAAUCUCCAAU